AUGGACUUCGUCAAGAACCUCGCCGGCGGCUCUUCCGAGGAGAAGAAGAAGGAGACCUCCGAGCAGUCCAGCAGCGGCGGCGGCUUCAUGGACAAGAUGAACAGCAUGGCCGGCGGCGGUCGCGAGAGUGAGAAGAACGAGGACCUGCUCGACAAGGGCGUCGACUUCGUGCAGGAGAAGUUCCUCGGCCAGGGCCCGCAGGACAACGAGAGCGCAAUCGAGCAGGCCAAGGACGAGCAGAUCUCCGACUUCAUCCGCGCCAAGUACAAGUCUACCACCGGCUCCGAGUUCCCCAUCGCAGACAAGGACAAGAAGUACGGUUCAUAG